UGCUUGGACUUCACCAGAGCCUAGAAUGAUUCUCUUUGUACAGAAAUCUGCAUUGUGAUCUUAAUAGUAGUUGUGAACAUUAACUUUGGUCCUCACUGGGGAGAUGGAGUGAUAGGGAAGUAUAGGUACAGGAAUAACAUAGAAUAGAAAACAAGAGGGAGAAGAGAGUAGGAUGUACAUUGAGAAGCUAUAGGGAAGGGUAAGGCUAGGCUAAUGGGGAUGUGGCAAGGGACCUGCCAGCUCUUCUGUUGGGCAGUUGCAAGGAUUAGAAGCAAGUGAGGAAAACAAGGCUCCUAUGCUGCUUCCUGGUCCUCCCACCAGCAGGGGAAGCCUUGUCUCUGCAUGGGCAAGUGGCAGUGUGCCUGUUGUCAUGCACAUGGCUGUGACUGCAGUUGGACAUCCUUCCUGCAAGUCCAUGGCCUCUCCAAGCAUUGGUACUGGUGAAAAAAUGAUGGGGAUGCCUGUCAAGAGCAGGGCAGUUCACAGUGUCUGCAGCCAUUGGAAGCAUCUCUAUCUCUGCUAGGUUGUGGGUUUUUUUCCAUUUAAUAGAGGAUGUCCUGUUGAGAUGGAUGUCAUGAUAUCAUCCUCAAAGAUUUCCUGCAUUCUUAAAGCCAUUUUCAUGCUGUGGAUACACUUUAUACUGCUGUUCAGUCGGCAGGGGAAAUUAAGGCUUCAGAAAUGGUACACGACGCUACCUGAUAAAGAGAAGAAAAAGAUCAUUCGAGAAAUUGUUCAGAUUAUUUUGUCUCGCAAUCAAAAAACAAGUAGUUUUGUUGACUGGAAAGACCUCAAGCUUGUUUACAAAAGGUAUGCUAGUUUGUACUUCUGUUGUGCAAUAGAAGACCAGGAUAAUGAACUCCUGACUCUAGAGGUUGUUCACCGAUAUGUAGAGCUUUUGGACAGAUACUUUGGAAAUGUGUGUGAGCUGGAUAUUAUCUUUAAUUUUGAAAAGGCUUAUUUUAUUCUUGAUGAAUUUAUAAUUGGUGGAGAAGUACAAGAAACUUCAAAGAGGUCCGCAGUGAAAGCCAUAGAAGACUCUGACAUGUUGCAGGAGACAGUGGAAGAGUACAUGAACAAGCCUGCAUUUUAAUGUUACGACUACCUGGAGAGAGAACUGCUGUAUGCACCUGUAAACUCCACUUCCUAAAAUUGUUUCCCAAUGUGCCAGAUCCUCAGAGAAAUACCAAAAGCAAUAACUUAAAGGGAUUUGUUUGUAUAAUUGUGAAGAUGGUCAGCUAAUGUAGCACAGGGUUUAACAAUUCUGUGCUUGCCUUACUCUGCAUAUGAGUUUCUCAGAGUUGUUACCCUUGAUGUAGUUUCUCUUCUCCUUGCUGGACUAAACACUUGUUUUGUACCAUGUCUUUUAGCUACCGGUUUUGUCAUCAUAAAAUGUUACUCUGAUGGUACUUUGAAGAAGUAUUUUUACUAGUUUUGGUCCACUGCUGACUGUAUGACUCUACUUUUGUACAAAUGUCCAUUAUUUUGAAUUUAAUGAUUAUUCUGCUCUAAUAAUAUUUUUUUUUCCAAAAGCCAAAUUGUUGUGGGCCUUGAUUUCACAAAUGUGUUUUGAAAAGAUUAAACCAUCUAGUUCAGGAAGAAAUGUGCUUCUCUUUGGACCAGCCCUUUUCUUUCACAGUCUUCCUUCUAUUUUCUACUCUAGUCUGCUAGUAAGACUGCUCCAACUGCUACUAGCAUGCAUUCCACACCUUCAUUUAAUCUGGAAGACUGUUCUGACUCGAGGUAGGCUUCUCCCAGGUUUAAUGAAUCCUUUUUGCUGCUGCAUGUGGAUGGCCUCUUUCUGUCUUCUCAUUUUCCUGUCCCCUUCCUAGAUCCCCUGGACCUGAACAAAGGCUAUAACCUUUAGAAGUGUGCAGCUUGAGAGCAGGAGAUAUCCAGAAGAGAAGAAAUUAGUCUUUGGGAUUCAUCGAUUGCAUUGAUUCACAUUUCCUUUCAACACAGAUUUUCUUUGAUUUCUGGGAUGUACAGUUCGUAUUUUCCUUCAGGGAUUUUUCUGAUCUUUAAAUGUCCUGCGUUCUUACUCCUACUCUUUCAUUGCUCCUUCCUUCCCAGUCUGUCUGUAUCUUCCUGGGGAGAGGUUUGGGGUUUUUUUUGGAGGUGGGAGCACUUUGACACAACAUGACAACUUUGUUAAUUGUCAACCCACUUUUCUGCCUGUUAUCUAGUCUGUUAGUAAAACUGUGACAAGCUGGUUCAUAGCGUCAUGCUGCUCUUUUUAUAAUUACUUUAUCCAUCUGUUUUCUCUGUAUUGAUGUCAAAGGCAUACUUUCAGCAUCGAAAAAAUGGUGAAAUUGCUGAAGGGCUUUUAAUAGCUCUGAAGAUAUUCGAUUUAAUAGUAAAUUAAUGAAAUUGUAUGAGUUGGUUAUUAUUUUCUCAUGGCUUGAAAUGAAGUUUUUUUAAAGUAGCAUUUAAUUGAUUAAGGAGCCACUUCAGAAUGUGCAGAGGCUCUUUCCGCUCUUUACUUUUAUAAGUGUCUUCUAUUCAGUGAAAUCAUCACUAGUUUCAUUUGCUUUUACUCUUCUGGUUUUUUGUUUGGUGUUUUUUUUUUUUUUUUUUUGGAACCAUGCUAUGGUUCUCUGACUCUUACAAUUCUUGCUUGAAUUCUAGGCUGUAUAAAAUUAGGAGUUCCAAAAGGAAGAUUUCUUAGUAUGAAUAAAGAUAUCUUAAGCUUUUCUCUUCAGUCAUUCUAAGAAGAGCUGUAGGACUUCUUUCUCAUUUCAAAUGAAGAAGAAUUCCUUAUGGAAAAAAAUAAUACAUCAGCUAGGGGUACUUAUGCCAGCUGUGUCAACAUAGCAUCUAAAAUACAUAGCAUUGCCAAACUCAUGUAUCCAGUGUCAACUUGAGAAGUGUGAAGGAAUUAGUAUGGCUUCCUUGCACUCAUGCAAAAGGUCAUUGGAAUGUGCUGGGCCUGUUGUGCCAACUGCCUUUGUGCUACAAAGAUGAAUGCAAAGUAUGUGUUAACUACUCUAAAGAACUUCUGAAUUAUAUUUUUGGUCUAAGAAACAUCUACAGAUUCCUGUUGCUUUUGCCUACAGAUGGGCUACACAAAGUAGGUAGGUGGGCAUUACUUAAUGUGACUUUUGCAAGUGUCACUCUGUAUGCAUGGUAUGCUUAUGAUAUAGAACAGGUUGGUUUGAAACAUAAAACUUGUAUUUAUACUUUUUACAACCUUCAGUGAGAAAGGGGUCACUCACCUAAGUGGUGUUAUAAUGGCAUUCAGCUCAACCCAACUCUUCUCCAAAGGGACAAAGCCCAGAUGAAACCCAGUUAUUGUCAGGUUGCCUUAGGUCACUGUGUCAAAAUGCCUGUGGCUCCAUCUUUGCGGAACUCGCUCACCAUCAACAGGACUCUACAUAGAUUAGUGCACUGAGGAGUAUAGCUCAUCAGAAGACUUAUGUCUCUUCUGAUAUCUUAGUUCUUUGAUUUUUCUUAAAGCAGGAGAUGCAUAUAUCUUUGUAUACAUUUACAAAUAUCUCCAAAGCAUUGCCCAUUUCAGUUGUGUUUGCUGUUGAUGUUUCUCUUUCCAGCGUGCCUGACUAUUCUAGGCAAUGUUCAAUGUAAGGUUUUCUGAGACUACUUUAUGAAAUUAUUAUCAAAAAACUGCUAGAAAGCAGGUUCCUUAAUGGUUUUCCCAAUCUCACUAACCUCUUUUGCCAGUUAUCUAAAUUCUCACCUUGUUGAUGAGCUUCAAGCACAUACAUCCUAGUUUGCAAAAUCGCAUUUAUUAAAAUAAUCAUUAAUUAUGGUCAUGUUGCUAACCUAGAUUCCCUUCCUUGCUUUUGCCAGCUGUAUCUAACAAAAAACUGCUUGGUUUUCUUAUUAGCAUCUCUACCUGGAGGAUUCUUACUGUGAUGUUGCUGCUUACCUGUUGUGACAGGGCUGGUUCUCUGUCAUGCAACUACUUGCAAAUUGUGAGUUUUGACAUCUUUGAACAUAUCCUGACAAUUAAAAAGUGAGAGACAGACAUUGACUGGGAUAAAAAUAAGUAUAAUAAUGUCAAAAGGAAUAUUAAAAGUAUGACAAAUUAGUAUGAUUGGGAGACAGGAGUGACAGGAUCUCAUAGGAUGCAUGAAUUCUUAACAUUUGUUUCUUUUUUCAUUA